UCUACGUCACGCCCCCUCGUUGAAUAUUCAGGACGCGGGCGAGUGGACGCCGCAGCACGCCGCCAUGAAGCUCAACGUGGACGGGCUGCUGGUCUACUUCCCGUACGACUACAUCUACCCGGAGCAGUUCUCCUACAUGCUGGAGCUCAAGCGCACGCUGGACGCCAAGGGUCAUGGAGUCCUGGAGAUGCCUUCAGGCACUGGGAAGACAGUGUCUCUACUGGCCCUGAUUGUCGCCUAUCAGCGGGCUUAUCCACUGGAGGUGACCAAACUUAUCUACUGCUCUCGGACCGUACCAGAGAUUGAGAAGGUCAUAGAAGAGCUCCGUAAGCUGCUCAGCUUCUACGAGCAGCAGGAGGGGGAGAAGCUGCCGUUCCUAGGCCUGGCCCUGAGCUCGAGGAAGAACCUGUGCAUCCAUCCCGAGGUGACCCCACUACGCUUCGGGAAGGAUGUCGAUGGGAAGUGUCACAGCCUGACGGCGUCGUAUGUGCGGGCACAGUACCAGCAGGAUGCCAGCCUGCCUCACUGCCGCUUCUAUGAGGAAUUUGACAUUCAUGGACGCCAGGUUCCCCUCCCUGCGGGCAUCUACAACCUGGAUGACCUGAAGGCCCUCGGGCAGCGCCAGGGCUGGUGCCCCUACUUCCUGGCUCGAUACUCGAUCCUGCAUGCCAAUGUGGUGGUCUACAGCUACCACUACCUCCUGGACCCCAAGAUCGCAGACCUGGUGUCCAAAGAGCUGGCCCGAAAGGCUGUUGUGGUCUUCGAUGAAGCCCACAACAUCGACAAUGUCUGCAUCGACUCCAUGAGUGUCAACCUCACCCGCAGGACUCUGGACCGUUGCCAGAGCAACUUAGACACUCUGCAGAAGACCGUGCUCAGGAUCAAGGAGACCGACGCGCAGCGGCUGCGGGAUGAGUACCGGCGCCUGGUGGAGGGCCUGCGGGAGGCCAGUGUAGCGCGGGAGACAGACGCCCACCUGGCCAACCCUGUGCUGCCUGAUGAGGUGCUGCAGGAGGCGGUGCCGGGCUCCAUCCGCACAGCCGAGCAUUUCCUGGGCUUCCUGCGGCGGCUGCUGGAGUACGUCAAGUGGCGGCUGCGCGUGCAGCACGUAGUGCAGGAGAGCCCGCCUGCCUUUCUGAGCGGCCUGGCCCAGCGGGUGUGCAUCCAGCGCAAGCCCCUCAGGUUCUGUGCUGAGCGCCUGCGCUCCCUGCUGCACACGCUGGAGAUCGCCGACCUGGCCGACUUCUCCCCGCUCACACUCCUGGCCAACUUCGCCACUCUGGUCAGCACGUACGCCAAGGGCUUCACCAUUAUCAUUGAGCCCUUUGACGACAGGACCCCCACUAUCACCAACCCUGUUUUGCACUUCAGCUGUAUGGAUGCCUCUUUGGCCAUCAAGCCUGUGUUUGAACGCUUCCAGUCAGUCAUCAUCACUUCUGGGACACUGUCCCCACUGGACAUCUACCCCAAGAUCCUGGACUUCCACCCCGUCACAAUGGCAACCUUCACCAUGACGCUGGCCCGAGUCUGCCUCUGCCCCAUGAUCAUUGGCCGUGGUAAUGAUCAGGUAGCAAUCAGCUCCAAAUUUGAGACCAGAGAAGAUAUUGCUGUAAUCCGCAACUACGGCAACCUCCUGCUGGAGAUGUCUGCUGUGGUCCCUGACGGCAUCGUGGCCUUCUUCACCAGCUACCAGUACAUGGAAAGCACCGUGGCCUCCUGGUACGAGCAGGGCAUCCUGGAGAACAUCCAGAGGAACAAACUGCUCUUCAUUGAGACCCAGGACGGGGCUGAGACCAGUGUGGCCCUGGAGAAAUACCAGGAGGCCUGUGAGAAUGGCCGUGGGGCCGUCCUGCUGUCGGUGGCUCGGGGCAAAGUGUCAGAAGGAAUUGACUUUGUGCACCACUACGGGCGGGCUGUGAUCAUGUUCGGAGUUCCCUAUGUCUACACCCAGAGCCGAAUUCUCAAGGCCCGGCUGGAGUACCUGCGGGACCAGUUCCAGAUCCGAGAGAACGACUUCCUCACCUUUGACGCCAUGCGCCACGCAGCCCAGUGCGUGGGCCGCGCCAUCAGGGGCAAAACAGACUACGGACUCAUGGUCUUUGCUGACAAGCGGUUUGCGCGUGCGGACAAGCGAGGCAAGCUGCCUCGGUGGAUCCAGGAGCACCUGACCGACUCCAACCUCAACCUGACGGUGGACGAGGGGGUCCAGGUCGCCAAGUACUUCCUGCGGCAAAUGGCGCAGCCCUUCCACCGGGAGGAUCAGCUGGGCCUGUCCCUGCUCAGCCUGGAGCAGCUGCAGUCAGAGGAGACGCUGCAGCGGAUUGAGCAGAUCGCUCAGCAGCUCUGAACCCGG